AUGUCACUUGCAGAGCCAGACCCGCACAUUUAUGGGAUACCCAAAAGUGAAAAUAAUGCCGAGCUUUUACGAGUGAAAGUAUCUCGCGGUGUAGAAUUAAUGAAGAAAGAUAUAUUCGGAGUUAGUGAUCCGUAUGCGGUCGUAACACUGCAUCGUAAGGGUGUUGUUGUGGAUAAAGCACAAACGAAAACAAUCAAGAAGGUUCACGUUUCAUGCCUUAUCUUCUUUUACAACCGAUCUUUCAUAUGCAACAGAAGGCCCCUCUAUUAUUUUUCAGCAUUUUGGUCGCUUAGAAAUCGUGUUAUCAAAAAUACGCGAUAUCCGAUAUGGAAUGAAGAAUUCAUCUUUCGUGUUACACGUCGCGACUGUCUCUUAUCGGUCAAAAUUUUCGACGAAAAUCGAAUUACUCGCGAUGAUUUUCUUGGAAUGAUUGAAAUUCAACUGUCACAUGCAAAUAUAACACGUGAGCGAAGUGGCCUACCAAUAGCAGAGGAGAGUUAUGUGCUGAGACCGAGAUCAGCACGUUCACGAGUUUACGGCAGUGUGUUCCUGUCGUUGUCGUGGAUUAGCACUAAUCAUGGAUCAUCUCCAUCCGAGAGUUCAUCAUCCGGUGGUGAUGACUGGGAAUUACUAAACACUAGCACCGGUGAAUCGAAUUCGUCGUGCACGCAACAACAACAACAAACAGUGCAAGCCGAGCAAGCACAACCUUCUUCACCACUUCCGCCGGGUUGGGAAGAACGACAGGACGCUAAUGGCAGAACGUUCUAUUUGAACCAUAAUGCACAGACUACACAAUGGGAACGUCCUACACUUACAUUGAUGAGUGAUAGAUUGCAGAUAAUUACUGAAUUCUACUUAAACUUCAGUACGGAUGCAGCAAUAAUUGAAAGUGAACGUGAGGAUGUGGAUCGACGACGAAACUAUGACAGUCGUUGGCAGGCUUCAUCAGAUAUGAACUUACAAAUCAAUAUGGCUGAGUUAGAUGCGGGUCUUCGUAUGAAUUUCGCUGGUGAGGGUCAUGUUGAAGAUUCAGUGGAUGAUGGUGUCGGCCCAUUACCAAGAGGAUGGGAUAUGCAAGUGGCGCCGAAUGGACGUAAAUUUUUUAUUGACCACAUAAACAAGACAACAACUUGGACUGACCCCCGAAAUGGACGUGUCUCUGCACUCACCACAAUUGGCCGGAGUAGUGAUGAGUUGGGUGAAUUGCCAGCUGGCUGGGAGGAACGUGUGCACACAGAUGGACGUGUUUUCUUCAUUGAUCACAACACUCGUCGAACUCAAUGGGAGGAUCCUCGUUUUGAGAAUGCAAGUAUCGCUGGCCCGGCAGUGCCAUAUUCUCGAGAUUAUAAAUGCAAAUAUGAAUAUCUCAGGCUACACCUUCCAAAAUCCUCCGGCAAUUCAAAAUGUGAACUCAAUGUACGCAGAACACAUCUUUUUGAGGACUCCUACAGGCAGAUAAUGCAGUUAUCGGCCAGUCAGUUACGAGCAAAACUUUGGAUAGAAUUCGAUGGUGAAACGGGUCUCGAUUACGGGGGUGUGGCACGCGAGUGGUUUUAUUUACUUUCGCAUCACAUAUUUAAUCCUUAUUAUGGUCUUUUCGAAUAUUCCGCCACUGAUAAUUACACUUUACAAAUUAAUCCCCACUCAGAAACGUGUAAUCCGGAGCAUAUUUCUUAUUUUCAUUUCAUUGGACGUGUUAUCGGAAUCGCCAUUUUCCACGGCAAACUCCUAGACGCCUUCUUCAUCCGACCAUUUUAUAAAAUGAUGCUUGGCAAGCCAAUAACACUGAAUGAUAUGGAGUCUGUAGAUAAUGAAUAUUUUAAUUCAUUGAUUUAUAUCAAAGACAAUGAUCCGGAAGAUUUGGAUUUAUAUUUUGCUGUUGAUGAACAGUUUUAUGGACAGACACAAACAGUUGAACUGCGUGAGGGUGGAGAGAAGGAGAAGGUGACCGAAGAAAAUAAAGAUGAAUAUAUUGAUUUGGUGAUUAAAUGGCGAUUCGUUAGUCGUGUUGAAGCGCAAAUGAAGGCAUUAAUGAAAGGUGUACAUGAAUUGAUACCUUCGAAUCUGCUCUCUAUAUUCGAUCCAAAUGAAUUGGAGUUGUUAGUGUGCGGACUGCAAAAAAUCGAUGUGAAAGACUGGAAAGAUAACACACUCUACAAAGGAGGUUAUGCACCCAAUCACGCGGUGAUUCAUAACUUCUGGAAGUGUAUUCUGUCGUUCGACAACGAAAUGCGUGCUCGUGUAUUGCAAUUCGUCACUGGAACAUCACGUGUACCAAUGAACGGCUUCCGAGAGUUGUACGGUUCGAAUGGGCCACAAAAGUUCACUAUUGAGAAGUGGGGUAAUCCGGAUAUGCUACCUAGAGCACAUACAUGUUUCAAUCGAAUGGAUUUACCACCGUAUGGAAGUUUCCACGAGUUACGUGAAAAGCUUACGGUUGCAAUCGAAAAUUCUGAAAUCUUCUCAGGUGUUGACUGA